GGUGGAGCCCGGUCCCCGCGGCGGCGGCGGCGGCGGGCGGAGCGGGCCGGGCCGGGCGGGCCGGGCAUGGCGGGGUAACGGCGGCGGAGCGACCAUGCGGCCCCGCCGCCUCCUGCCGCCGCUGCCGGUGCUGCUGGCGCUGGUGGCCGCGAGCGGGCGGCGGGCGCGGGGCGCGGCGGAACCGGGAGCGCACGAGGUGCUGCUGAAGGUGCAGGUGCUGGAGAGUGGGACGCUGACCCCGCUGGCCCAGGCCACCCUGGAGGUCUUUGGCCAGCGCAGCUCACUGGCGGCCACCACCACCGACCACGAGGGCACUGGCGUCCUGCCUGUCCCCUACCGCCUGGGCACCUGGGUCCUUGUCACCGCCGCCCGCCGUGGCUACGUCACCGCCUCCGUCCCCUGGCGCGUCAACAAGCUGCCGCUCUACGCCUCCAUCAGCCUCUACCUGCUCCCCGAGCGUCCUGCCACCCUCAUCCUCUACGAGGACCUGGUCCAGAUCCUCCUGGGCUCCCCAGGUGGCCGUGGGCAGCCGUGGGCGCAGUUCCCGCGCCGGGCAGCCCGCCUGCCCCGCAGCUCCACGUACAGCCAGCUCGCCGCGUCCCUCACCGCCGCCACCGGCCCCGGCCUGGCCCGCGCCUUCCCCGCCUUCCUGGGCGCCGAGGACAGCAGCGCCAAUGCCAGCUGGCUGGAGCUGGCGCCGGUGGCGGCUGUCAGCGUCCACCUCUUCACCGGCAACGGGACCGAGGUGCCGCUGGCCGGCCCCGUCCAUCUGUCUGUCCCUCUGUCCCCUGACGCCGGGGCUGUGGGGAUCACCAGUGUGCCGGCCUGGAGGUUUGACCCCAAAAGUGGGCUGUGGGUGCGGAACGGGACGGGGCUGAUCCGUAAGGAGGGCCAGCAGCUCUACUGGACAUUCGUCUCCUCCCAGUUGGGAUACUGGGCAGCAGCCCUGCCCUCACCCAGCACAGGGCUGGUGGCCAUGGCUGCGGGCGUGACGGACAUCACCACCUACCACACCAUCUUCCUUCUCACCAUCCUGGGCGCGCUCGCCCUGCUCGUCCUCAUCCUCCUCUGCCUCCUCAUCUACUACUGCAGGAGGCGGUGCCUGAAGCCGCGGGCCCAGCACCGCAAGCUGCCGCUGCCGGGGGGGCCGCUGGACCCCACCCGCCGCGACCAGGCCACCUCGGUGUCCCAGCUGGACCUGCUGUGCGGUGGCAGCCACCUGGAGACGGCGUCCUCGGGGGGGGACACCGACCUGCCCACCCCCAGUUUACCCCCGUCCACCCGCGACCUCCCCACCGCCCGCCCGGAUUUCUUCCAACACCCCCCGGCCCCCCCCCAGCUCCGCGCCGGCCCCCGCCCCCCCGCCGCCACCCUGGCCCCCCGCCGCCGCCAGCCGCCCCCCACCGAGGACUAUGGCCACCCCCGCGAAGCCUUCGGCCUGAGGGCCGCCCGCUCGGUGGACGGGCUGCAACCCCCCGACGAGCCCCCCCGGGGGACCCCCGCUUUCCCCUCCCCCCGCCCCCCGUCCCCCCCGGUUUUCUCCCGUUUUCCAACCGAACACCCGCUCCCUGAGCCCCCCCCCCGCCCACCCUCGCUGGCCCCCUCGGGUCCCCUCCUCCUGUGCGGGGGCGGGGACGAUAUGUACCGGGGGGUGAUGCCCACCCUCCUCAUCCCCGCCCGUUACAUGCGCUUGGCCCCCGGCGAACCGGAGGCUCCCCCCGAAAACGACGCGGGGGGACCCGCUCCUACGGGAGCCACAACGGCCCCCCCGGCCCAAUCCGCCGCUGGGCAAGGGUUUGAGGAAGGGGAAAACUGGGGGGGCGGUCGUGCCGCCCCCCCGGUGAGCGGCUCGGUGGCCAUCCCGGUGCUGCUGGACGGGUCGGCGGUGGCUCAGCUCAACGGGGAGCUGCAGGCGCUGGCGGGGCAGCAGCUCCUAGAAUUGGGGGGGCCCCCCCCGCCCCGGGCUUGGUUCGUCUCCUUGGACGGUCGCUCCUCGCAGGUCCGACAUUCCUACAUCGAUCUGCAAGGGGGGGGGGAGAGGGGACCCCCCCAACACCGCCUCCCCCGGGGUGCUGCGGGACAGGGGGAGGACGGAGGAGGGAGCCGCCCCCCCGCCCCCAUUCCAGUCGCCUCCCCCGAGGACAACUCGCUGGCCCCUUUGCUGGAAGGGGGGAGGCGCGGGGGGGGCAGCGGGAGGAGCAGCGCCAGCGAACCCCCCCACGACUCCCUGACCAGCCCCGAGGAGGAGGCGCUGGCCGAGGGGGGCGAGGUGGGGGACGAGGGGGGCGACAGGAAAAGCCCCUGGCAGAAGCGGGAGGAGCGGCCGCUCAUGGUUUUUAAUGUCAAGACGGGGGGGGCCGGCAGUGCCCCCCGGGCCAGCGGUGCCUCCAAGCUGCCAUAGGAGCCGAUGGGGGGGUCCCUGUCCCCCCACCAACCUCGUGUCCCCCCCUCCCCCUUGGAUUUUAAUUGUGUUUCUAAACAUUUUCUACACGGUGAGGAAGAAGAGGGGCCAGCGGGGCCAGGUUGACAGUGGGGCGGACAUGGGGACCCCCCCGCCCCAGGCACUGCAGGGAGCUGCUGCCUGUUCGUUAGAUGGCAUUAAUAUAUUAAAAAAACAAAAAGAUA